AUGCACCAGGUACGCGUCGCAUUCCUGUGCACUCUCUUUUUCGCCAUUUAUCUCUUUCAUUCAGGCAUAGAUUCUUGGCCUGUUGAAUCAGAUCCCCCAGACAUUAUCAAAACAAACCCAUGUGCUGUCUUGGAAUGUUGGGUGGAUCCACACACAAUGCCGUCUCAUAAGGCUCUGGAAGCUAUUGGAACCAACUUACAGCACCAGUUCGAAGGCCUUAGUCUCAAGAUUCCAUACAAACCUAUUUUGGACCCCUCUUACGAGGAUUUACGGCGGUUCUGCAUGACAUUGCGAAAACAGGCGAAAGAUGAAACUGUGUGCUUUUACUACAAUGGCCACGGUGUCCCAAAGCCAACUCCUAGUGGGGAGCUGUGGUGCUUCAAUCGAAACUAUACGCAAUAUAUUCCGGUCUCAUUGAUGGAAGUGCAGACUUGGCUCGGAUCGCCAGGAGUGUAUAUAUGGGAUUGCUCGGCUGCUGGCAAUCUACUACAAAACUUUAAUACCUUCGCUGAGCGCCGCGACCAGGAUAUAUUCAUGACACGCGGAGGCUAUGCAGAUGGCAUGCAACCUUAUAUGAGUUCUUUGCAAUUAGCUGCCUGUGCGGCACAUGAACAACUUCCAUCUUGCCCCGAGCUUCCUGCAGAUAUCUUCACAUCUUGCCUCACGUCACCCAUAGAUAUCGCGCUCCGCUACUUCAUUAUGAACCACCAGCUUCCCAACAAUAUCACAGCAGAUAUGGUCAUGCAGUUACCUGGUGACCUCAAAGACCGUAGAACGCCUCUUGGAGAACUUAAUUGGAUUUUUACAGCCAUCACUGACACCAUCGCUUGGACUACCUUUUCUCGAGAUGUCUUCACUCGUUUAUAUCGUUCGGACCUCCUUAUUGCAUCCCUUUUCCGCAAUUUUCUGCUCGCAGAGCGGAUCAUGAAGAAUUAUCACUGUACACCUCAUACAUAUCCCGCCCUUCCAUCUACCAAUACUCAUCCUUUAUGGUCAUCGUGGGACCUAGCAGUCGAUACCUGCCUCAGACAGCUACCUGAUUUACUUGCAAAAAGUCCAAACAAGCCUUACCAAUACGUAUCGAGUCGCUUUUUCACCGAUCAGCUCACAGCAUUCGAGGUCUGGAUAUCUCGAGGCGGCUCUGCUCUCACGAAACGUGGUCCAUUUUCACUUCCAACCCAGAAUGGCGGAGAAAGGUUUGAUGGUUCGGAUAUUGUUAAUGGUGUUAAUGGUGUCGAUGGGAAGACGGGCGAGAAUGAUUUAGUCCCUCGUAAACCACCCGAUCAGCUACCGAUUGUUCUCCAAGUUCUCUUAUCACAGCCCCACCGAUUGCGCGCACUAAUCCUCCUCUCUCAAUUCGUUGAUCUUGGGCCAUGGGCAGUAAACCUUGUGCUCACCAUCGGGAUAUUUCCAUAUAUAUCCAAACUUCUGCAAGCCGCUGGCCAGGACCUUAGGCCCGUCCUGAUCUUCAUCUGGGCCAGAAUACUCGCUGUUGAUCCUACGGUCCAAGUCGAUCUGUACAACACGCAAGGCUAUAAAUAUUUUGCCAAUGUCCUUGCUCUGCAAGAGGAACCAAGCCUCACUGUCCUACCGAACAGUGCUGAGCAUAAGGCCAUGUGCGCUUUUGUACUCGCUGCUAUAGCACGGGAUUAUCCCCACGGUCAGAAUGCGUGUUGGCGCGAGCGAGUUUUCGAUCAGUGCUUUGAUCGAUUAGACGAAGGCGACUUCUUGUUACGACAGUGGUCGGCAUUGUGUAUCGCCCAAAUCUGGGACGCGAAUGAUGAUAUAAAAGUCUAUGGCGUUGACAAGGGCACCCAAGACAAGCUCAUAUUACUGCUUUCGGACGAGUCGCCUGAGGUUCGUGCAGCGGCUUUGUAUUCAUUGGGUACGUUUAUGGGAGCUUCGGGUUCUCCGGACCUAAACAAGAACGGCGGAGGAGGUAGCGGAACAAUGUAUCAGCUCGAGGAGAGAAUUCAUUUCCGCAUGGAAGUUGCCGUUGCUACGGGCGCAGCUCUUGCGACUAAGGAUGAUGCCAGUCCCAUGGUCCGCAAAGAACUGCUUAUCCUCGUCAGCUGCCUUGUGAAGGAAUGGAGAGGCUAUUUCGUAAUAUGCGCUUGGAUCUAUUGGGAAGAAGAUCGGAAGUGGAGGAACGAGGGACCAUCUCAGAAACACGAAGAGGAGAUGACUGCUCAAGCUGUAUCAGAAUGGUUAGACCUCUUUGGAGACGAUGAUGGCGCGCGGGAGGAGAACCGUGUAUUGCUGUCCUCGUUCUUCACGAUUUUCGUCCUCCUCCUGGAACUGUCGAUUGACCCUUAUCAUGAAGUAGCUACAAAUGCCCAGACGGUCAUCGACUACAUUAUGGCACUUUUGUUAGAAUCCCCCUUUACUCGUCUGGAAUGCUCCACACUCGACACCCCUCCAUUGCCCACAGAUCACCAGGCAACAACGGCAGGCGGCACACAUUCCCGAGUGGCCUCCUUACAGUCCUCGCCUUUGCUCAGCCAAGCGCCACCUUCGCCAUUACAUCCGAUUAGACCAUCCCUCACACGUAGCGAUACGAUGACAAGCAGUAUUUCUACGGGCGUUACCAAUACCAUACGAAGGACAUCGUCAUUUGCCAAUGCUCUCAGGAACUUGGCGGGUACCAUUGCAUUCCCAACGGUGGAUGAUUCUCGCGCUCCACCGAGCCCUGGACUAUCUGUGCUUCCCCGUCCGGAUCUUUUGGAUGCGUCUCGCCCUCCGUCGCCUAACCUGAACAUCGCGCAGUACACUUCGCCAUAUUCGCGGCCUCCAACGCCUACUAACAGGUCACGCCCUCCUUCACCAAACCCUUCGCCUCGUUCUUCCAGCGAUAGAUCGCAAGUACCGAUGGAUUUCUUGCCUUCGGAUGUCAUGGAAGCUUUAAUGGAAGAGGACAUGGAAAGAUUAAGAGCGCGGAGACGAACGGCCACCUAUUCGAAGCGGCACCAAGGAGGGAACAACGGCACUGGUUCUCUAAACAGCCCAUGUGGAAGCACUUUCUCGAUCGACUCGAAUAGUAGUAGUGUUAUUCUUGGAUUGGGAACUGGCGCUGGAAUCCGAGAUGUACUGCCGUUGAAGAGCACUUUCUAUGAUUGGUGCUGCGAGUAUUUCAAGGAACCUCAGAUGAGGCAAACGGAAGCAGACGAGCCAGGGAGCAUACAAUAUAACUAUCAGGUUUGGCGACAGCAGCGGAACGAAAAGGUCACGAUGGAAACUCAUUCGCAAACGACUGUAGCGGAGUCUUCUCGAUGGGAUCGCGCCGUCGCAAGCAUUCAAAUCAGCGGCCAACCGCUCUCGAUGGCUUUUCAUUCUUAUGAUCCUCAUCUCGUUAUAGCCAAUGAAACGGAUAUGAUUAGUGUAUGGGAUUGGUCACAGCGUAAACGGCUGAAUCUCUUCUGCAAUGGUAAUCCAAAAGGUACAAGUGUCACUUCACUCCACAUCAUCAAUCAGGAUGUGGGAGGAAUUAUUGUCACUGGGGCUGCCGAUGGGAUAGUUCGCCUGUAUCGAAACUACGAUUCCCUGAUGAACCAGGGCCCUGUUCAGAUGGUUAGCUCAUUCCGCGCUCUCAACGACGUUAUUCAGGUUCGCAGAGGCAGCGGAGUUAUCGUCGACUGGAAACAAAGCAGUGCGUCUCUGCUGGUAGGAGGGGAUUCUCGCAUUAUUCGAGUCUGGGAUGCGAACUCAGAGACCCAAGUCCUGGACCUGGAAACUAACUCUGACAGUCCUGUAACGGCCAUCGUCUCAGACAAUGGUCCAUCAUCGAUGUUUAUUGCUGGCUUUGCGGAUGGCGUUGUGAGGGUAUUUGAUCGUAGGCUUGGUGAAGAGGAUGCGAUUGUCCGAUCGUAUCCUGAGCAUUCCUCAUGGAUUCAAAACGUUCGCUGGCAUCCAACCCAAGGAGCACAGUUGCUAUCUGCAAGUUUGGACGGCGAAGUGAAAUUUUGGGAUCUUAGAGGUUCUGAUAGAGCUGUCCAGACCUGGGAUCUGCAUCCUGGUGGUUUAUCCUCUUUUGACAUGCAUUCUUCCGCUGGCGUCCUCGCUACGACGUCUGCUCUUACUCCCACUCACUGGAGACAUCAAAGUCUCAUGGUACACUCUCUCUUGAGGCCGUCUCCACCUUUGUCGAUGUUGCAACUGCCCACAGGCCUCACUUCGUACAAUCCGCGAGGACCAUCUCCUUUUAUUCCUCGUUCGACCUCUCUCACUUUCCAUCCGAUGGAGAUGUUGUAUGCUGCAGGAGAACCUGAUGGAUCUGUGAAAAUCAUGGGAUGCAAACUUGUAUGAAAUUAAGCGCGUAACAUGGUCUCGGAUGCAUGGCUGGCACAUCUCCUUAUGUAUUGAAAUAGCUGACUCUUCAUUUCAAGUUGGAUAUAUGUUCUCAAUGCUCUUUACCGCUGUCAUGUAGAUUUAUUACUAUGGUUGCAUAUGUACAGUACUAUAUAGCGUACCCUUAUAAUUCCUUAACAAGUUCUACCACUGUUGUGGCAACU